AUGACAUCUUUAGAUCAUAAUAUGCUGGUUUUGUAUAGUGAUCAUACUCUGGAUGUCAGAAAGCUUACAUUUUCUUUUGAUUCAAGAUGGACUAACAAAGAGGGCUACUCAGUUAUUGUUGAAAGAGCGUGGAAAUUACUAGUGAGUGGUCUCUUGUUAUUUAGCAUUCAUGAGAGGAUUAAGAAUGUCACGCUUGGUCUGAUUAGGUGGAAUUCUUCUCUCAAGAACAACUCAGCCAAGGAGAUCCUCAAAGAAAUCACUGACUACUUUCAAAAUCUAUUUCAAACCUCUAAUCCAGAUGUGAACAGUUGCAUCCUUGAAGGCAUUCUAGGAAACAUCACCCCUGAAAUGAAUCAGAUCCUAGUCUUGCACGACGGAAGUGAUUAA